CCUGGGAGACCGCGGCUGAGCGUGAGGGCCCGCUGCCGCCUGCUGGUCGAGGGCUGCAGCCGGGGGCCCCUCGCGUGGGGUCCGCGGCCCAGAGUGACCCCCGCGGGGACUACCUUCUAGCGAAGUGAAGAGACGGGGCUCCCGCCGCCUGGGGUCCUGCGAAGGCCGGGACGGCGCAAUGGGGCGGACCUGAGGAGAGAUAAUGUCAAGUUUUGAAUCUGAAGUUACCAUACUUGAUUCAUCUGGCGAGACCUUGAGUGCUUUGGUCUAGGUGGGAUGGUGGAAGUGUGCUUCUUCUAAGUAUAAGGCUUCUUGCUCAUCCCCUAAGGCACCAUGAAUGCCAUCGUUGCCCUCUGUCACUUCUGUGAACUCCAUGGUCCCCGUACUCUUUUCUGCACGGAAGUUCUGCAUGCCCCUCUGCCCCAGGGUGCUGGGAAUGGGGACAGCCCUGGCCAGGGUGAACAAGCUGAGGAGGAGGAGGGCGGCAUCCAGAUGAGCAGCCGGGUCCGUGCUCAUAGUCCAGCCGAGGGUGCCAGUGCCGAGUCCAGUAGCCCGGGGCCCAAGAAGUCGGACAUGUGUGAGGGCUGCCGGUCCCUUGCUGCAGGGCACCCAGGCUAUAUCAGCCAUGAUAAAGAAACAUCAAUCAAGUAUGUCAGUCACCAGCACCCCAACCACCCCCAGCUCUUCAGCAUUGUCCGCCAGGCCUGUGUUAGGAGCCUGAGCUGUGAGGUGUGUCCUGGCCGGGAAGGCCCCAUCUUCUUUGGGGAUGAACAGCAUGGUUUUGUGUUCAGUCACACCUUCUUCAUCAAAGACAGCCUGGCCAGGGGCUUCCAGCGCUGGUACAGCAUCAUCACCAUCAUGAUGGACCGGAUCUACCUCAUCAACUCCUGGCCCUUCCUGCUGGGGAAGAUCCGAGGGAUCAUUGAUGAACUCCAGGGCAAGGCCCUCAAGGUAUUUGAGGCAGAGCAGUUUGGGUGCCCACAACGUGCCCAGAGAAUGAACACAGCCUUUACACCGUUCCUGCACCAGAGGAAUGGCAAUGCUGCUCGCUCGCUGACCUCCUUGACCAGUGAUGACAACCUGUGGGCAUGUCUGCAUACCUCCUUUGCCUGGCUUCUGAAAGCAUGCGGCAGCCGACUGACUGAGAAGCUCCUGGAGGGUGCACCGACUGAGGACACCUUGGUCCAGAUGGAGAAGCUUGCUGACUUAGAGGAGGAAUCGGAAAGCUGGGACAACUCAGAGGCGGAAGAGGAGGAGAAAACCCCUGUGUUGCCUGAGGGCGCGGGAGGACGGGAACUGACCAAAUGUCCUACAGAUUCAUCCUUGCUCUCAGACUGUGGCAACUGGCAGCCCCGAAAGCUCUCAGUCUUCAAGUCUCUUCGACACAUGAGACAGGUCCUGGGUGCCCCGUCUUUUCGCAUGUUAGCCUGGCAUGUCCUCAUGGGCAACCAGGUGAUCUGGAAAAGCAGAGAUGUGGACCUUGUGCAAUCAGCGUUCGAAGUUCUCCGGACCAUGCUGCCUGUGGGUUGUGUCCGCAUCAUCCCAUACAGCAGCCAGUAUGAGGAGGCCUAUCGCUGCAACUUCCUCGGGCUCAGCCCGCAUGUGCCCAUCCCUGCCCAUGUGCUGGCCUCAGAAUUUGUGGUGAUCGUGGAGGUUCACACAGCCACGCGCUCCACCCUCCACCCAGUUGGGUGUGAGGAUGACCAGUCUCUCAGCAAGUACGAGUUUGUGGUGACCAGUGGAAGCCCUGUGGCUGCAGACCGAGUUGGCCCUACCAUCCUGAAUAAGAUUGAAGCUGCUCUCACCAACCAGAACCUGUCUGUGGACGUGGUGGACCAGUGUCUCGUCUGCCUCAAGGAGGAGUGGAUGAACAAAGUAAAGGUCCUGUUUAAAUUCACCAAGGUGGACAGUCGCCCCAAAGAGGACACGCAGAAGCUCCUUAGUGUCCUGGGUGCAUCAGAGGAGGACAAUGUCAAAUUGCUGAAGUUCUGGAUGACAGGCCUGAGCAAGACCUACAAGUCCCACCUCAUGUCUACAGUCCGCAGCCCCACAGCCUCAGAGUCUCGUAACUGACCUGAGGAGCAUCUGAGUCUACAUCUGGAAUGCACCAUCCUCCAGCUGCAGAGAGGAGGGCUGCUAGGGUUUCUCAGCUGCAGUGUGGAACACUCAACAAGUGCAAGUCACUGGGUUGGCCUUUGCUGUGCUUGUGGGGCUGGAAGGCAGGCGGAGGGGGAGACAGUAGGUCUCUGUGUUGGGCACUCAGGCGCAGGUGCCUGUGCCUCUGGAGAGCCAGGUGGGUGGGCCAGGCCCGACUCGAGUGUGUGAGCUGCAGGAACUGCCUGCUCUUGGAGUUAACAUCACAGCACUUCCCUCUUUGAAACUUAGCAGUUUCCUGGGUUUGUGAUUGUGUUUUGCCACACUUGUGAAUAUUCAAGAUAUCCAUCCAUCCACAGUCUCUUUUGGCAACUUGCUUAGACCCCUGUGAAGGCUCUUGGUGAAGCUGUGUUGCCCAUCUCUGGGCAUCUGAAAGUUCAUGUUGCUCUGAAGUCAUGGUCCAUGGGGCUUGAACAUGCAGUUCAAGGAUGAAGACUCUGAUUUCUAACAAAGAUGAGAGGCUUUGCGGAAGCAUUCGGUCCUUCCCCCUUGUCUAGCCCAACUGAAGGCACCACGGCCCACCAUGACUAUCCUGUGUCAUUUCCCCUCUGUUGUCUUCACCAUUUAUUGUCACUGCAAGUAACUGCUUCCAGUGUGGCAUUACCACACCAUACAGUUUUAUAAAGGACUCAAGUCUUGGGAAGAUCUUUGGCAAAUUUCCCAAUUCGUUUAUAGUUUUCUGUUUAUAUUUAACGUGAAGAUUGAGUUUGUGUUUAGUUCUCUGUAUAAUGCAAGAACAUUGCGACACAGUAAAUACGUUAUUUUUGUAAA